AUGAUUUUAAUGAAACCUGCAGCUGUACUCUGUACGGAGUUAUCAGUUGUAUUCACCGCUUGUGGUUUAUCGUUUGGAAUGUUAAAUCCACAGUGUAAUUUAGAACAUCACGUUGGAUUCCCAAUAUCGGUCAUACUAGGUGAUAUAGCACCUACUUAUCUCUGUUUGCUAUCUGAUCAAUAACCUGACAGGCUCGUUCU